AUGACCCCGAGGCGGCGGCAUUCUUUUACUUUGAUGCCUCCAACCAGGUCUGUAGUCUGCGGGAUCGAGCAGGGCCAAAAUUCAGCUGAUCAUACUAUCCAGACAUUCUGCGCAGAUGUCGAUCCAGAUGAUGAGGAUACAAUGCCGAAUUUUCUUACUCGCAUGGCUGGGUACAUUGAAUACCAUCAGUCGAACCAGCUCGGCUUUGAUGAUGAGCCCCGAAUCCGUCCCAUGGAAGGCACGGUAGUCGAGGACAUUAUCCCAGAUGACUCGGCCGAUGGCAGCGUUCUGUUACAAUAUCAAUCAGACGCGGAAUCCGAUGAUCAAGACGCUCUUGAUGGACUCCUUCAUGUGACCACGUAUUGGCAGCCUGCGAAUGGCAACAUCGGCAUCCUUCCACCGAUGUAUGCGAACGACAUUUCACGACUAACAGGUUCUUCGCUCUUUGCGGAAGAAGCUGAAAAGCGCUACCGAAUCAUCCAAGGAGACUUUAACAGAGCUCAUGAAAAGCUCUUGAGGCUGGAACCAUUACUCGAGAUCUUCGAGAAACAGUCCGGCAAUCAAUCCCUCCCAGCAACUGGCGAUCUCCUCAUCUGGCCUCCAAACCAAGAAGACUCCACCAUGGAGUUUGUCAGCAUGGGCGCCCAUCUCCCUGCCUACCAACGUGUAGUCGUCAACAGAAUGGAGCAAAAUCUCUCCAAGAAAGCCAUCGGAGAGCUUCGUCAAUUGGACUUGAAGACACGGGAAUUCCAGAUACCUCGAAAUCUUCAGAAAGAAGCCAUGAUUCCGACGCAUACGUUCCAAGCCUCGAAGAUCUGGGACUCAGAGAUCUACAUGAGCUUUGGAGAUCCAAAAAAUAUGGAUCCGAUCAUCACAUCCAAUCCGACCUCAGCAGGUCAUAGUGACUUGGCCCCUAGCCCGGACCUCGGUGGUAAUAGAAUUGCCGCGUGGACGAACACUGUGGUGCGUUCAGCAAACCCAGACAUCGCCCCAGAAAGACCAGUGGAACCUGUAGCACCGACGCGCCGCAGAGUCGCAAUCGAGUCCGACAGUGAGGAUGAGGAGCCAUCUGUCCCUGCACCGAAAUCUGUUCCCGCAGUUACCGAAGUUGCUCCAGAGGCCCCAUUAGUCCUGUUGUCAGAGGACGAAGAUUUGAUGGACGACGAAAGCCAACCUGCCCAGAACGCGGAGGCUCUUCCACCACCCCUCCAGGGUAGCACCGAGAACAUCUUGGUCGGCCUAUCGGAAGAAGUCGACGUGGCCCAUGCUCAAGGAGGAUCUCAAGGAGAAACUGGGAUUCAUUCAGCUCUUCUGCAUGAAGAACAGGAAGUUGAUCUAAUCCGAGCGUCGUAUCAGGAAGCUGCAUCUGGACACCAUGAGAGUCGCGCCAUCGCAGGCGCGUCAAACGAAACAGCCGACAAUUCUCCCUCUCAAUCAGAUACUCAUCUCAGCAGCGAAGCCAUGUCCUGUCGCCCCGCUGAAGAACCAGCAGAGUUCGAAAACAUUCCGUCCUCAGCUACAGACAUUGCGUCGAUAACACCAGAGAUUCCUGCCGCGUCGCGCAUUACAAGGCCUUCUUUCCACCCUGAUCGGUAUGGGUCAUCUACACGGCCAGUCCGGGGGCAGCUAGGCCAAGCAGACUACCGUGGGCGGACAAAUAACCGCUAUCGUGGAGACGGUCGAGGUCGGAGGGGUCACAACUGCGAUCACCCUGAGAGCCAACGCAUGACGCCGUUCGAGGGAUUUCGUCUACGGGGUCCUACAGGAAGGCCUCGUCAACGGGGAAAUGGGAGGCCAUAUGCUGCUCAUCUUGGCGAGAGACCACCGAGGGCCCGUGGGUUUCAAGACGCCGGACUCCGAUCUAGUUACGGCACUCUUGUCGACUUGCGGAGUCCUGAAACUACUGGCGGUGCUCUCUCUGUGCCACCAGGCUUGGAAUACAACGUGCCUCUUCUGCCUGCAAAUGCGUCUUGCGGGCAAACCAGCAUUGAAACUUCCGACUUGUGCGUUCGCUCCAACAUGACAUCUCCAUCUUCGGGUUCGGGCCUGACUCGGCUAAAAUUCAGCGAAGAGGGAUCUGACUACGUUACAACGUUCGUUCCGAAAGCAGAUCAAUCUGCUUUGAGAGAAAAGACUAUACAACAGAUUCAAGAGGCGAUUUUGGCUAUGAACAAGAAGGCGGAGGAAAAGCCGCCCAGACUCCAUUCCACAAUGCGUCAACAGGGCAAAAACCCCGGGAAGACACCCGCUAAGCAGGAGACAGAAGCGGCGAGGAAAGCGCGCAUAGCCAAGGCAAUGGAAGACGCGUAUCCAACUUCGACCAAUGUCCCACCGAGAUCACAACCAGCCUCUCCUAAGCCCGACGAGAUGAGCAAAUGGAAAAGAAGCCAAAUGAAGAAGAAGUCGCUCAUGGCGAAGGGACAUCCAGAUCUUGUCGCAAACGAUCUUCGAACAUCGCAGACGAAAAAACUUAUCUCUCUCUUGCAGCCGGUUUUUGAGACUGGCAGGGCUUUCAGUGGCAAAUUGACGUUUGAGCUGCAAUUUGGCCAAGUUCUCAUCUCACCUGGACAGCAGCUGCGCGACCAAACGUAUCAUACUGUUGACAACUGGAAAUCGUACUUCGACUCUGGUUCUGCAUCAACUCACACCUUUUCCAGUUUUACCGAAAUCCUGACAUCCAAUGGUGCAGACAUUGACCGUGUUCUCGAGAUGAAAGGAAGUAUUGGGAAUGGUACGGGCAAGCUUUGGGGUCAUUCUCCGGGUCCGCGGUCCGUCAGCUACGAGUUCCACUGCCAAAGUCGAUCCAACGAAGACUUUCAGAUCGUGGUUGACCAAUCUGGAAGAUACGAACUGCGACGAGGUCUGGUCACUGUCGGCGCUAUCAACAUGCAUGUCCCAGCCCAGGUCUGGGAUCUCUCUGCCACAUUGUCAGGGCCUUUGAAAUGGCCCGAUCCACCGGAGACGGUUGCUCAGAGCGUCAGCGCUUUCGUCAAGUCUCUAUACGUUUUGCCUGGCCGUAGCAAGCUGCUGCUGGUGUUCAGACAGCCCGAUGAUCAUGAGAUCCAAGUUCGGAACCUCGUCGUAAAGCGGGACAGCUACCACAGCAACAACCGUCUGGACGGCCAGAAGAUCCUGUUAAAGAUCACCGAAGCCAAGAACCUUCAAUUUAGGGUUCAUCCAGAGGAUAAGAGACUUUGGCAAGGCUACGAGGGCCCUGACCAAGCUUACAAAGACUUUGCGGAUGGUGGCCACAUCCACUAUGAAAUGUCGCUUGUUCAUGACGGGAUCAAUGAAGUACUUGCAAAGAACGAGGCUCUGGAGAUCGGGGAGCUUACAGAUGCUGAAACGACUGGAAAAUCCCUCCUUGACCACCACAUCAUCCACUCCAUGCUGGACAGUGCUGUUCAAACAAUCUCUAGGAUGGACUUCGUCGGCAUGCGCAACUACGGCACACAGCAACGCCUAGAAGACAAGACCCGAAAACAUUUCGAGGAACUUGAAGCCCUUCUCGGCCCAAAAGCACAGACCAUCCUGCAGCUUCCGAACAUGGUUCGAGAGUCCUCUCAGGCAACGAGUCGACAUCAGCUCAAUAAAAGCAAUGGCGCAAGUGCCGACGACGCCACGGUUGUACAGCAACAGCAACCCGUCCCUGGUGUACGCAUGAACACUGAGGCCCAGGUAGUGAUUGACGCAUCGGGCAAUCGCUACCGGCUGGGUAUGGGUGGUGCGAGAAUCCCUGUCGUCGACGACGACAAGCCACCUGGCUCGGCGGAGACGGUCAUCCCCGAUGAUAGUGCGAGUCAAGCCGGUGGAACAAGGGCUCCAAUGCGGUCUGGACCUGCGAAAACCGAACGAGGACGGGGCUUUUGGUGA